UAGCGCAGCUCGACUCAUUCGCUUUUCGUUACCGCAGGCAGCAGCUGUAGCUAUAAUAGAGCACAAGCGACUCUACUACUGAGUUGUCCAAGUUGCCCGAGUCCGUUGUCAGACGCGGAAAACUUAAUCGCUAGCGCAGCGCCGAUAACAGCCUGAACAGGCACCGCUGUAGGCGUAUCGCCUGAGCUUCUAUCACUGAUCAAAUCAACGGGCUGGGAAUAAGGAGUCAAUACCGACGACGGCUGAUCAUAGGCCUGCUUCUCAUAGCUAUUCAUUAAGACAUGCAGGCGAAUUUAUAGGCUGGCCGGGUUGGGCUCUAUGCGGUAAUAGUGAGUUUCUAGGUUUCAGGUCAUGUUGGGUCAGUUUGACACAAGCCGAUAACAGGUCGUAGCAGCAGCGGCGGCAUGUAGUCGGCGGCUAGUCAAUUUUGACGCUGUUGUUGCUGCUGUUCAUACGGCCGGCUGGCGCCGUUGCGUAUGGCGGAUGACUUCUGUUUUCAUUACGCUAAAACUAUCGAAUCAUCGCCGCCAAUGGUUGAUGACGCACUAUUUGGUCUCCGAUAGGCGCGGUUGGAAGGCAGUGUCAGUAGACUCGUGUAGUGGGCUCUAUAAGUGUGGUUCCAUUCAUUGGUGACUUGAUUCAGCGUGUGAAUCUACAGUGGUGUUGCUAUCAUGCUCUGUCUAUAAUGUUCCAAAGUGGCUAGUAAAUAGGGAAUAGGAUCAGUUUACUGUUUGCUUUACGUGUGUACGCUGAACGCUCAUCAAGCGCAGUUAUUACGUGGAUGACAACGACGGCGACAGCAGCGCAUCUUCAUGAUCGGCUGGUAGGAAGACUGCAGAAGCGAAAAGAUUGCCAGAUCUUGCGAAUGGAUUCCAGUUGUGCAGCCGUGACGACCGAAAUUAGCUUUUUUCGGGUGGAGCUUCGGCGAUGACACAGUGUAAUAGAAAUGACCUUAAUUAAAUUUAUAGUGGUCGUAGUGCGAAUGGUAGUACGUAUGUAAAUCCUAUUCGACAAUACUUUUGAAAGCCAAAGGAAGACGCGAUUCGAAUUAUCGGUGCUUCACACCGGUAAUGUUCUAUUAUGUACAAAGUAGGCAAGGGUAAUUGUCCGCAUAGUUCAUCAAUGAGAGGUGAUCGUAUGUGUCUGCGAGCCAUUGGGUGUGUUCAUUUGCCGGUGGGUGCGAUGAUCUGAAAAAUCUUGCAUACAUAUAAACAGGUGUGAGUGUCCACAAGUUUGUUCCCUAUGCUACUUGCUGCCGCUUAACCAAUCUCUACUUUUCGUAAGAAAGCUUUUCGCCUAUGCAUUGACGUGAUAUGAUCAGUAGCCCGUAAUCCCUCUAACUGUUUACGCUAUGACUAGGUAUAUGCCAUGGCAGCAAACGGUAACAGCUAGGCGACAACUAGCAACGACAUCUGGAGAUCUGGCGUGUCAAUCAUCAGACAUAACGAAACUUCCGAGCCAACAAGCCCAGUUCCGCAUCUCAGCAGGAUCGGGAAAACUUCGGGUGCUUCACGGAGUGCUGUUGUGUGAGUGACUGGUGAGCGCCCCUAGAGCUCGGUAUAACGAACAGUAUAUUGAUCACGAAAAACUUGCUUCAGAAGAAACAUGUCUUUAUUAGCUGGUGCAAGUGAACCAGGCAGUGGCAACACUGAUAGGUUCAUUUGGGCGAUUAAAAAUGGCGACCUGGAUACAGUUCGAGAUUCUAUCGAGCACAAGGGCGUUGACGUAAAUCGUCGCUUAGACGAUGGCAGACCUCCGCUUCAUCACGCUGCGGACUUCGGACAGGUCGAGGUCGCCCGGUACCUCCUGCUUAAAGGAGCAGACGUCAAUGCUGAAGAUCAAUACGGAAUCACUCCUGUAUUAGCGGCAAUCUGGGAAGGCCAUACUGACUGCGUCAACCUUUUGUUGAGUAAGGGGGCAUCGAUCACAGACAAGAAGACGCCAGACGGCCAGAGCUACCUGGAAGCUGCCGAAAAGCCCGAGAUUCGAGCUCUUCUUUCCGUACACUAAUCGGGUGUUCAUGACUAUAGGUUUUCGACUUGGCAGGAACUGAACCUUGCUAUCUUCAGAAGAUAGUGGUUAUGACAAAGAUGAUGAUUCGUUCAGUCUUUAAAGAAUUUUAUCUUACCUAGGAAGUAUUUCUAAUAUACAAAUAUAUCCAGUGCUGCAGGUGUGUGAUGAGCGAAGGGCACAAACAAUUGGUUUACGAAAGGCGUGUUUGCGUGGUGCGAACAUCGGCCCAGUAAACCUAGAUACCUAUAACGUGCGAGUUUCCCCCAGUACGAAAAAUUAUCCCUUUCUCACACUAAGUAUUCUAUUGAUGAUUUAUGUAAUAUGUCGAUAAUCAACUGUGGAUAUAAAAGGUGACUAGCAAUAAAUGAUGGUUAUGUCUACAUGAUUCAUAAUUAUGAAUCAUGCAAGUUUAACAGCUGAUCAUAAGCUUGGUGGGCGUUCAAGGCGUGAUAUUAAUAGUGCAAGUCUUCUGGAAGGCACUGUGAUGAGUAAUGUUUCUGUCGGCAAUACAUUAGCGAAGAGUAAGCUCUUAAUGGCUUUUUUAAAAGGGAUAUACCCCUUAGGUGUUAUCCACAAUCUGCUUUAGUCGUCAUCUACUCAAGAGCUCACUGGCAAUCUAUUGAUCUACGAACCAGCUGUACCCUUGAUUUUAUUGUACUUUAAUGUUGAAACCAAUAGCGUAUUACACGCAUCACAAGUGCAAAUGUAAUAUAAUAGACAUAUGAGAAACGAGGCUCAGGUGGGAAAUGAUCUGUUGACUGAUGUUACGGAUUUUCGCUUAAUGCACUUCGCAAGUCGUAUAUGGACAGACAGUUCUUUACAGCUCAAACCAUUUAACAGAUUCACAAGUAUAUGCUCGUAGAACUUAACAUAUAACUGCUAGCCGGCAUCAUUGGUAUGAUGCAAAUGAUUUAACGUUGUGUUUUCUAAAAACAAGGUACUUAUUUAUGGCAGUGCACACGUGACGUAAGAACUUGAUGAAACCAAAAUAUGUAUAAGCAAAUGUGAUGAUUGAAAGGUAAAAAUACGGACCAAAGGCAACGUAUUACUGCGCGUUCUCUGUGACAGCACGUUGACUUUUGUUUGAUCGAGCUUCGAGAAAUACAUAUAAUCAGAAAAAUUUCGCGUACAUUUCGUCCAUAGAUUCCAAAUGAUAGGAAGAAAUUAAUCCGCUAGUCCGUUCGUAAAAUCGAACCGUGGGUGUCUUUUGGGCGGUACCUGCAUUAAUUCGUAUUUUUCAUGCAAGCAGAACUCAUAGUUUGCCUUUGAUUAAGAAAAAACAACCCAAAUUGCUUAUACGUCUCGUAGUUGUUUCUGCUUGAAAAAUAUACGUCUAUCGCAGCACUGCCGCUGAUCGCAGUAAACAACUUCUUUUUGGUCGCCUGCAAAUCAUUCUAACCACAUGAUCCGUAAAAGAAAAAGAAGAAGCACUAUAAGCUUGUUAGUGAACCCGAGAAUUUCAUAUUUUAAAUGAGCAGUCGGUCUGUAUCUUCCAUUUGAGAAGCUAAUUAUUUACAUAGACACAUACAUGAAAAAGGUUUCAGUAAGUUUGGACUGCUAGAACUCACGAGAGGCAGACGCCCUAAUGGUAGAAAUAGGAUCUCAUGCCUGUUCAGUUUGCUGACGAGCGCUGCAAAUUAUGUUCAGAAGAGAUACCCACUACAAACAAAUAACACUAACCAGUGUGUCAAUGUGAUCCGUCACGUGUUCGAUCGAUCGGAUAUUAUAUCGAACAUCCAACGUAAUUUUAUUUUCUUAAGUAGGACAGAAUAACAACGAAUAAAUAUGUCGUUCCACAUUCGUUUUAAACACGAA